AAUUUUGAAUAACAGACGCAAUAUGGCACAGAUAUAUGCUAUAUCCGAUCUCCACGUUGACUAUGCGGAAAAUUUGCAGUUCGUUAGAGAUAUGCCGGAACAAAAAGACGACUAUCUCAUUUUAGCAGGCGACGUAACUGACAAUCAAAAAAUAUUCACAGAAGUUCUCCAAAUAUUGGCUAACAAGUAUUUGAAAGUAUUUUUCGUUCCAGGAAAUCACGAUGUUUGGAUUAGAUCGUCGGAAUGUGCUUAUAAUAAUUCAGUAGAAAAACUUGAACGAGUUUUGAAAAUAUGUAAGAUGUGUAACGUGUCCACUGAACCGGAGAAAGUAAAAUUAUCAGAAAAUGAAUACGUUAAUAUAGUUCCAAUUUACUCUUGGUAUUCAACACCGGAAGACGAUAAUAGAAAUAGUCUUUACGUUCGUGCAAAGACUAGAAGGGAUGACGAUGAUAAGCAUCUGUGGAUGGACAAUCACCUAACAAAGUGGCCGGAUUUUAAGGACGCCCGGAGCGUGUCAGAAUUCUUUUACAAGAUGAAUGACAAAACUUUGAAAGCGGCAUACGACGACGCGCCAGUAAUUUCGUUUUCUCACUUUUUACCCCGACGAGAUCUAAUACGAAUGACAACCAACGAAGAAGAUUUGUGGAGAAUGCACGGUAGACAACCGAAUACAGAUUAUAAACCCACUCCGUUUAAUUUUACCCGAUACGCCGGUUGUAGGAGGAUAGAAGAUGCAAUUAGGAAAUUAAAAAGUGUUGUCCACAUUUACGGACAUCAACAUAGGAACCGGGAUCGUGUAAUCAAUGGAAUUCGGUACGUUUCGCACUGCUUGGGAAAUCCCAAAGAAAGAGAAAACGGACUUGUUUGGGGAGUAGAUAAUAAUGCAAAAUGCGUUUGGCCUUUCUAA